AUGGCGACACCCCAACAGCAUGAGCACUUCCAGGUGUCUUUUCCAGCAGAACAUGUCAUCCAAGUCACGCUGGAUCGACCCGACAAGCUGAAUUGCAUCAACAAAGCCACGAGUCGAGAGAUUGCCCAAGUAUGGAACCUACUCGACCACGACGAGAGCCUUUGGAUCGGCAUCAUUACAGGAUCUGGUAGAGCUUUCUGCACUGGAGCAGACUUGGAGGAGUGGAACGAGAUGGCAAGACGCGGCAUCGUCAACGACAUGUCUGCUCCAGGUCUGGCAGGUCUCCCACGUCGAUCGGGCAAGAAACCCAUCAUUGCUGCCAUCAACGGCAUCACAAUGGGCGGUGGCUUUGAGAUGGUCGCGAACUGCGACCUGAUCGUAGCAUUGUCCUCAGCAGUGUUCGCGUUGCCAGAAGUCAAGCGAGGCAUCGCCCCUGUCGCUGGUUGCCUGCCGAGACUUACACGAACGCUUGGCCUUCAAAGGACAACCGACCUCGUUCUCACCGGCAGGAGCGUGAGCGCAGAGGUCCUGUAUAACUGGGGCUUUGUCAACCGGCUGGUAGAGCAAUCAUCCAAUGUCGCUGCGGCUGCUGUAGAACUUGCUCAGGAGCUCUGCAAGAAUAGCCCGGACUCACUGAUUGUGGGUCGGCAGGGUAUUCGACUGAGUUGGGAGACGGGCAAUGUGGAAGAGGCCGUGUCGAAGCUGGAAAAGGAGUGGUAUCCGAGGCUCAUGGCCGGUUUGAACUUCACGGAGGGCAUUCGGGCAUUUGUCGAGAAAAGGUCGCGGAGAUGGACGAGUUCGAAGCUCUGA